AUGCGAACUAUCAGUUGCUUCGUCCUCCUCGUCGCGGUCGCUAUGGCUAGCGACACUAAGCCGCACUACGAUUUGAACGACGCUCCAGCUUUGUUUGAAAAAUUCAUUAAGGACUACGACCGGCAUUACAAGGAUGAAGCAGAUAAAAAUGUUCAUUACGAAGCUUUCUUGGAAACGUUGAAAACUAUCAACAAGUCCAAUGAACAGUCGACAUCUGCUACUUUUGAUAUAAACAAAUUCGCCGAUUAUACGCCCGAGGAGCGGAAAAAAAUGAAAGGUUUCGGAAUAAGACAG